AUGGCCGGCGUCGCUGCGUCUCCGGAAGAUCAAAAUCUGCAGAACAACAGCUGGGGUCCUCAAGAUGACCAGUCAAUAGGUCCAGUCGGGAACGGCCAAUCGACAAACGGAGGAGCGUCUAUCCCUGUCGACGACCACCUUGGUCAGGAUCCUGAAAACCCGGAAUAUCCUCGUGGAUCCAGUGUAGGCGACAUGAGCGUUUCUGGAAACACCAAGGGCGACACCUACCGCGGCGAAAAACAAGUCAAGCCGAACAAGGUCUAUAUCGGUGGACUCCCUGAGCACACAAGGCAGGAAGAUCUUCAGAACUGUUUUGGCAAAAUUGGCAAGAUCGUCAACAUUGAACUAAAAGUUGGCUAUGGCUUCGUGGAAUUCGAAAACCGGGAGGCAGCCGAGGAAAGUGUCGAGAAAUAUCAUGAAGGCUAUUUCAUGGGCCAAAAGAUUCGCGUUGAACUCUCUCACGGCGGUGGACGUACCGCUAAAUACGCAGGUGAACCCGGGGCUUGCUUCCGAUGUGGUCAACUUGGCCAUUGGGCGAGGGAAUGCCCAACGCAGUCGGCAGCCGCUCCUCCUCGUCGUCCUCCUGCGGAUGGGCCCUUGAUCGACAGAAUCGCGCGCGACUACCCUCGUGGUGCUCCUCCCCCUCCUCGUGAUGACUACGCUCCAAGGUAUCCUCCUCGGGAUCCCCGCUACGAUUAUGCUCCGCCCCCACCCGUCCGUGACUAUAGGCGACCUCCGUCCCCCCGGGAAUAUAGGGACUAUCCACCUGUGCCCCCUAGAGGUCGGGAAUAUGACGACUAUCGCCGUGGUCCUCCAAUUCCCCCUCCGCCCAUGCAUGAUCGCGACAGGUACCCUCCCGUGGCACCUCCUGAUUACUCUAGAGGCCGAUACCCUCCACCUGAUCCUUACCGCGGCUAUCCUGGACCUGCGCCACCUGCGCCGUAUGACAGGUAUGACAGACGUCCUGCAGAAAGAUAUCCUCCUGCGUACCCUGCUCCGCUCCCUGGUGGCCGCCCCCGCACUCCGCCUGGAAGGGACUACGAUCGCCCCCCUCCUGCUAGGGAUUACCCCGAUUACCGUGGACGUCCUCCUAGCCCACCCCGUUAUCCUCCUGGUGACUAUCCUCGUGCUAGUGUAGAACCUCCCCCUGGUCGAUACAGACGUCGUUCUCUCAGCCCCGGUCCUGCUAGGUCUCCUGUUCCAUAUGAUGCUUAUGCCGCCAAUGGAUACUCUGGCAACCCUCCAGGACCUCCUCGCCGCGAUUACGGGCCUCCACCUCGAUCUGGCCGCGAGAUUGAACCUCCUUAUCGUCGUCCUUAA